UCCAAGUAUGCCCCCUAAGAGCUGCUGCAUUUUUAUCUGAGCCCGGUGAUUGUGACGGAUUGGCCGCAUGACACACAGACACACAUUUGUGGACGCACACCAAGGGGAGGCUGCUGUGUCUGGGGAGGGACCAGACAGCGGUAGGCUCUGGGUAUAAAACCUCGCCACGAUGAGGCCAGCGUCCUGCCCUGGGCUGGAGAGUACCCACUUCCUCUGUGACUGCAGGACACCGUCAAGACAGGCAGCAGACCAGCCGCCAAUAUGAACGACAUCUACAAGGCAGCGGUUGAGCAGCUGACAGAUGAACAGAAAAAUGAGUUCAAGGCCGCCUUUGACAUCUUCGUUCAGGAUGCAGAAGAUGGCUGCAUCAGCACCAAGGAGCUGGGGAAGGUGAUGAGGAUGCUGGGCCAGAACCCCACACCCGAGGAGCUGCAGGAGAUGAUCGAUGAGGUGGAUGAAGAUGGGAGUGGCACGGUGGACUUUGAUGAGUUCCUCGUCAUGAUGGUGAGGUGCAUGAAGGACGACAGCAAAGGGAAGUCAGAGGAGGAACUGGCAGAGUUGUUUCGCAUGUUUGACAAGAAUGCGGACGGUUACAUCGACCUGGACGAGCUGAAAAUGAUGCUGGAGUCAACAGGAGAAGAAAUUACUGAGGACGACAUCGAGGAACUAAUGAAAGACGGGGACAAGAACAACGAUGGCAAAAUUGAUUACGACGAGUUCUUGGAGUUCAUGAAAGGAGUGGAGUAAUCCCGCACACCGCAGCAUUACUUUUGUAUUCCUCCGUCACAACUGGAAAACUGGAAGCUGACUUGGGAUGGAGCUCGGAACGACUUUGCAAGAUUUCCUGCAUCUGACUGUUUCUGUUGUAUUUUUCCUACCACCUCCUCUUGCAUUGUUGUAAAUACAAUUUGUAACUGUAUACUGAAUUUGUGUAAAUGUAUUCCAUUUGCCAUUCUUGUUUCCCUUGGAAGUUCAGUUUACACGCAUUUCCACCGGGGGGUUGUGUAGCUGUAUACACAAAGCAGAAUCCACCCAUGAGUCAACCCAGUGACUGUAAGACCAAUCACAAAGUUAAGUAUAUGUUGUGAUGCACAUUGCAAACAUUUUUGUAUGUUUGAGACACCCUCAGGACUUUUUAUUCCCCUCUCAUAACCCUGGAAAGCAUGCAUUUUGUGCUUGGAAUGUGUACUCAUGAAAUAAACAAGAGGCAUUUGUCAGAGCAGUUAUUCACUUUGAUUCACUACGUGUAAACAGUCCAUAGUAUCGGCUGAAAAGGAGAUAUCGAUUCAUAUCCGCAUUGCUUUUUCUGCCGGUAAUUAUAUUGGUGUGUGAGCCAUGACGUCGUGCUCCACACGGGAACAAGCUUUCUAGCUCAGUAAAUCCGGGGGCCGGAAUACCUUCGGAGUGUAAAUAAAGUAAACCCUUGCCAC